CGAAAUUGCGGUCACAAUAGCGUCGCGGCAGCACGCAGCCUCGCCAUUUUAGCAGCUCUUUGUGCGCUGUCUGCUAAUAAUUUGUGUGGCUUUUUUUUUUUACCGAGCGCAUAGCCGACUCGUGUUUUUACUCCGUUGUGAAGAUGCAAGGAAACCGAGGCCACCAGCACAACCAUGGCCCCAACCGCCAGGGAGACCACAACAAGCCCGGCGGAGCUAACAGCAACGGGCAGCAGCCUGAACCCAGCGAGCAGGCCAAUCCCAACGAGGCCUUAACGCUGGACCCGCAGAGCUUCAGGAAGCCCGGGGAAAAAACCUUCACCCAGCGGAGCAGGCUGUUUGUAGGAAACCUGCCCACUGGGGUCACCGAGGAGGACCUAGAAAAGCUGUUUGCCAAGUAUGGAAAAGCCAGUGAAAUCUUCAUCAACAAAGAGAGAGGCUUCGGCUUCAUCCGACUGGAGACGAGGAUCAUAGCAGAGAUCGCCAGAGCCGAGCUGGAUGAUACUUCGUUCAGAGGCAGACCCAUACGAGUGAGGUUUGCAACACACGGUGCUGCCUUAACUGUGAAGAAUUUGCCAGAGUUUGUGUCCAACGAGCUCCUGGAGGAGGCCUUUGCCGUCUUUGGGCAGAUAGAAAGAGCUGUGGUCAUAGUGGAUGACCGGGGGAGGCCCACGGGGAAGGGGAUAGUGGAAUACACCUCGAAGCCGGCUGCAAGAAAGGCUUUGGAUAAAUGCAACGAUGGUGCCUAUCUUCUCACAGCUUUCCCUCGACCUGUGACCGUGGAGCCCAUGGAGCAGUGCGAUGAAGAGGAGGGGCUGUCAGAAAAGUUAAUAAACAAAAACCAGCAGUAUCACAAAGAGCGCGAGCAACCCCCGCGGUUUGCCCAGCCGGGCUCCUUCGAGUACGAGUACGCCAUGCGCUGGAAAGCCCUGAUGGAGAUGGAGAAGCAGCAGUACGAGAUGGUGGACCGCAACAUGAAGGAGGCCCAGGAGAAGCUGGAGGCCGAGAUGGAGGCGGCCAGACACGAGCACCAGGUGAUGCUGAUGAGGCAGGACCUGCUGAGGCGGCAGGAGGAGCUGAGGCGGAUGGAGGAGCUCCACAGUCAGGAGGUGCAGAAGAGGAAACAGGCCGAGCUCCGGCAGGAGGAGGAACGCCGCAGGAGAGAAGAGGAGAUGAGGAUGCGCAACGAGGAGAUGCUGAAGAGGCAGCAGGAGGGCUUCAGGGGCAACUUUCCCGAAAACAGGGAGCAAGAAAUGAGGAUGCACAUGGGCGGCCACGGGAUGCCCAUGAACAGAAACUCACUGGGUGGCAACUCUGGUCCUGCAGGUACCCCCGGCAUGCCCACUGAAAAUGCUCCCCUGAUGUCUGGGCCAGGGAACAACAACAACAUCCCUGGGGGAAACCCAGGCGGAUUCGCCAGAGGGCUCUCAGGGCCUGGAGACUAUGGACCUAAUAAGCAACGCCGAUUUUGAAUCACAUGUUUAUCUUUCCCUUUUUCAUACUUACUGUACUUUUGGGUUCCGGUUAUAAGGUUUAUGGACUUGGCCAACUGCAUGUGUUUUUCAUACCUUUUAAUUUGUACUUUUAUGUUUUAGUACUAAAAUGUCCCCAAUUGAGCCAUGUGUUUUACUUUAUUUCUCACGCUAAUGUAUUAUUUUUUUGGUUUGUUUUUUUUGGUUUGUUCGUUCUUUUCUAUAGAGAUAGAAAAUGUUUUUUCCCUGUUAACUUUUCUGGAAUAAAUUCAUGGUUCCCUAAGGAAACAAAAACUCAA